AUGAACCAGACAGAGGGACAGUACAGAGAUGGCUAUGAGACAGCUUGGAAUGGCGGCAACACCUACAACAUCACACCUCAUAAUGUCACCACUGGCUUCCAGUCCCCCUUCUCCCCGGUUAUGGACAUGGCCAUCAAUGGCAUCACCAUCAUCAUCCUCUUCAUAACCAUGGUGUCCCUGGGCUGCACCAUGGAGAUUUCCAAGAUCAAGGCCCAUAUCCUGAAGCCCAAAGGGGUGGCCAUCGCAGUGGUGGCCCAGUUUGGUAUCAUGCCUCUCACUGCCUUCAGCCUGGCCAAAAUCUUCCAGCUGGGCGCCAUCGAGGCUGUGACCGUGCUGAUCUGUGGCUGCUGUCCGGGGGGAAACCUCUCCAACAUCUUCGCCCUGGCCCUGAAGGGUGACAUGAACCUAAGCAUUGUAAUGACCACAUGUUCUACUGUUUUGGCCCUGGGUAUGAUGCCUCUGCUGCUCUUCCUAUAUUGCCAUGGCUUCAAUAAUUUGGAAAACGCUGUGCCUUACACUGGCAUCACCAUAGCUCUCAUCAUGACCCUAGUGCCCUGUGCCAUUGGCAUAGCCAUCAACCACCGGGUACCACAGUACUCUCAGAUCAUCAUCAAGGUUGGUCUAAGCAUCUUACUAAUUGCCUCUGUGGCCAUUGGUGUCAUGUCAGGCAUCUCCAUUGGGGGAACAGUGUGGGUGGUUCUCUCACCCCAACUCAUGGCAGUGGCUGCACUGAUGCCCCUGACAGGCUACCUGCUGGGAUACAUCAUGUCCACCAUCUUCAAAGUCAAUCAUCAAUGCAGGAGGACUAUUUCUAUGGAGACAGGCUGUCAGAACAUCCAGCUGUGUUCCACCAUCUUGAAAGUGGCCUUUCCCCCAGAGGUUAUUGGCCCCCUGUAUCUGUUCCCGCUGAUCUACAUCAUAUUCCAGGGAGGCGAGGCGCUGCUUUUCAUCAUCCUCUUCAGAUGUUUCCAAAGCUUCAAGCCACCAGCUGAGGCAAAGCCUGUAUACAUGACAGUGGCCGGUAAAAUAGAGGAAGUAAAGGUUCUAUAG